CAAAGUGUUUCCUAAGGAAGCCGGUCGCCAGAGGCUGUGUAGGAGGCCCAGCCGGGUUAGAGUCCCGGCCGUCCAGCAGCACACAAAAGCACGCCGACACCGGCGGAUCCAGGCAGCGGGAAAGAGGAAAAGCGCGCGGAUUGACUCCUCUCACUUCCCGUAGCCGCCUGGACGCAGGGUCCCGCCGGACCGCACCGCACUCCUCGGCGGACGAACAGCUCCCGGGCGGGGCGGCUGCAACCUCCGUCCCGGGGCAAAUAUUUGCUUCAAUCUGGAUAACCUUCACAUGGAACAUAGUUAAAAUCUUAAUCACUGAAGAGAGAUUCCAGUCAACAAAGUCUAUAUUACAUUGGAAAAGAAUUAUGUUAUCCUUAAACAACCUUCAAAAUGUCAUCAAUAACCCGACAAUCCCGUAUGUUGGCACCAUUUCUGAGCAGUUGGAGCCUGGAUCCUUGAUUGUCAUCCGUGGCCAUAUUCCUAGUCAUGCUGAGCGAUUCCAGGUGGACCUGCAGUGCGGCAGCAGCAUGAAGCCCCGGGCCGAUGUGGCCUUUCACUUCAACCCCCGCUUCAAGCGGACCAACUACAUUGUCUGCAACACUCUGACAAACGAAAGGUGGGGAUGGGAAGAGAUCACCUAUGACAUGCCCUUCCAGAAAGAAAAAUCUUUUGAAAUUGUGAUCAUGGUGCUGAAAGACAAAUUCCAGGUGGCUGUGAAUGGAAAACAUACUCUGCUGUAUGCCCACAGGAUUAAACUAGAGAAAAUAGACACACUGGGCAUUUAUGACCACGUGAAUGUUCACUCAGUUGGCUUUAGAUUCAGCUCGGAUUUACAAAGUACCCAAGCAUCUACUCUAGGACUGACAAACAUAAAUAGAGAAAAUGUACAAACGUCUGGCAUUUCACAGCUUACCCUGCCCUUUGAAGCAAGGUUGAAUUCCCCAAUGGGUCCUGGACGAACUGUUGUCAUUAAAGGAGAAGUAAAUACAAAGGCCAAAAGCUUUAAUGUUGAUCUAGUAGCAGGAAAAUCAAAGGAUAUUGCUCUACACUUGAACCCACGCCUGAAUAUUAAAGCAUUUGUAAGAAAUUCUUUUCUUAAUGAUGCCUGGGGAGAAGAGGAGAGAAAUAUUACCUUCUUCCCAUUCAGUCCUGGGAUGUACUUUGAGAUGAUAAUUUAUUGUGAUGCUAGAGAUUUCAAGGUUGCAGUCAAUGGAGCACACAGCCUGGAGUACAAGCACAGAUUUCUGCAGCUGGGCAGCAUUGACACGGUGGCCAUCAGUGGUGACAUCCGCUUACUGGAAGUAAGGAGCUGGUAACCAGCAGGAGUGCCACAAUCCCCAAAUACAGAAUGGCUGUGAGAUCUUGGCUGAGUCAGCACUCUCCCUGUUCCCGCCUUGUUGAAACUGCACUUCUGUAGCAUUAUGCUCCACUGUUGUCCCACUGCCCUGAGAGGAAAUCCAAGGCGACCACCACAUACAGUCAGUCAUUGAGGCGAUGGCUUUCUCCCCACAAGGCCUCUUUCAAAACCACACUCAGGAAGUAUUUAGUAAGUGCCUACUUACUUAGCCACUAACUGGCAUUGAGCACAUUUUCUGUCAGCACUGUGAUAGAGGUAGAUGUGCACAAGUGGUGGUGUGGAGCAGUGUCCCUUUGGGGCUUGGACUUUUGGUGCCCAUGUGCACUGUCUGCCUUGUUGGGUCCAUUGGGUUAAGGAUCGUGCAGCUGUUCAGUCACAUAAAAUACUUUCCGGAAGAUGCUACCCCCUCCACAGCAAGUACCUAUAGUGUCUCAGUCGCUUUACCAAAUAAUUACCAUGAACAUGACAUCUGAGCUAAGCAGAGAAGGCCAAAAGCACCCCGCCAACCAAAAAACAACCCCAAAGUAAAUAACCCAUGGUGUUGAGCUGUUGAUGUUUCUGUGAGCUCUGAAGUGCAGGGUUGUGUGCACACAGUGUGUUUAAAGCAGAGGGUAGGUAAUUCAGUUUCUUAAACAUUUGUGGGCAACGAAAUAAUGUCAAAAUGAAAUGUAGUGAAUAGGCACUAUGAGAAGGCAAAAUCUACCCAUGAGACCAAAGAAAGCAGAGGCAGCAUUAAAAUGUUUGCGUGCAAACCAGCAUUCACCUCUGCUCUUCUAAAGAUUAGUCCAGCAGCAGCAGUGAGAUCAAAACAUUGUUCCGCUUUAAGUGAUUAAAAUCUAACCUGUAUCAGCAAGUUAAACUGUUGCAUUCUGUAAUGUUUCUAUUACUUGAAGGGAGUUGGCAGAAGUUCCAUGUAAAGAAUCUUUACAGGUCAGGUCUUGUUAGGAGAUUUCAAAGGUUCGAGCCUAGGGAGGAAAAUAAGCUAAAUUGGUCAGGUCAUUUUAUACUAACUGGGCAGAAUUCUGUCAUUGUUUAGGAAGAUCUUCAUAACAGAUCUGGUUAGAUAUUUGUAUCCAUAUAUUAAAAAGAAUACUAUCAAUCUUGUUUUUAAAAAAGUACUCAAGCAUUGAAACUGCUAGCUCUCAGUUCUUUCAUAUUCAUUUACUAUGUCAAACUUAAGGACAUGGUGUGUUUGCAUGUUGGAGGUGGGCAGGGAUAGCUGUAGGAGGCAAGAAGGUUCUAGAAUCCUCCAGGGCUAUUUCUUUUUCAUAACAAAUAGCAGAAUGCACAACGGAGAUGGCAGAGACCAACAGUCACUUAAGAAAAAACAAAAGCUCACUCAUUUCCUGUCAAGUCUUUAAAAAUUCAUUUUUGUUUUACAUGGAGCUAUUAGACUGAUUCUUUGCUACAAAAAAUGCAAAUUUCAAAAUUUUUUAAAAAAGAAUGAACUUUAUCGAUACACGCAAGCUUUGUCUCAAAACUAC